UAGCUGAGGAUAGAUUUUUACUAGAGGAAAUAAAAAUAUACUACACGUUGAAGAACGAUAAAUCCAAAACUCUGUGUAUCAAUCAUGAUGAUGAUAUCAAAGUACAGGAACGAGUCAUAGAAGCAUUUAAGUUACCCCAUUACACAUUUUUAUUAAUAAUUUGUCCUAAAAAUACAGGGAAGUUUAUAAUGACUGAAGUAAGUGAUAGACUAAGUGAAACCUUAAAUACGUACAAGCACAAGAAAAUCAUCUUAGUCAUCGAAUCCAUGAAUAAGUUGGAUCAACUGUUUGGAUUAAAUCAAAGCGACUGUGAGAUCGUUUUUGGAUCUGGAACUUUCGACGAUUUGUCUGAUGAAACUCGAGAAAGAUUACUAAACAAAAGAAAUAUAAUUUUCCAAGGGAGGAGUCUUAGUUUAGGAGAACUGUGUCCAAUGCGAGGAAAAGCCGAAGAGUUUGAGAAAGCUGCUAAUUUAUUCUUACAAAGGCUGAUCGGCGACAAGAAAAUUAAAGUGGGAGCAGGACUUGUCGAUUUUGAUGAAAGCGUUGCCCGUUUUUAUAUAAACCGUACGUUUAAGAGGGAGAUCGAGGGAAGUGGAGGGAAGACGAGAGUUGAUUAUUCAGAAGAAAACAUUUACGAUGUGGAUGAAAGAAUUACUUUAAUCGCCAAUACAGCCGGUAUGGGAAAGACUACAGUACUUACCCAUUUAGCAGACAUUAUUAGGGAACAACAUCCCCAUUUAUGAGUUAUAAAAAUUGGACUGAAUGAUUUUUCUGCUAUUUUGAAGGAUUUCUCGAAGAGAAAUUGGAGAACGAUAAACAUCUUGGACCUACUGAACUCUAAAAAUGCCACUAAAUUAACAAACAAGUUCGAAAACUUUGUUUUUGCAAUGGAAAAGAAAGUGGUCUUGAUGUUAGAUGGGGUGGACGAGAUUAGCCCCAAUUAUAUCGAUCUCAUAAUAAGUUUGCUCCUACAAUGCCGAGAAGCGUCUAAUUUUGCGAAGGUGUUCGUUACUACAAGGCUCCAUCUGGUGAGGGAGUUAGAAUCAAAAUUGCAGGUUACUUCCUUUACAAUGGAACCGUUUACGAAAGAAAAUCAAGUGGAUUUUCUUACCAGGUAUUGGACACAUUACCUAAAUUUAAGAGAAGAUAUCGAUAUAACGAAGUGUGAAAGGUACGCCACAACUCUAGUGAAUAAAAUGUCAUUGACUAACCUGAAUAACGGAAUAGAAGACCAUUUUGCUGCCAUACCUUUACAACUGAGGAUGCUAGCAGAGAUAUUUCAGGAAAGUAUAAAGUCGGACAAUUUCCUGGACUGGGAAGGAUGUAAGGAAUACUUACAAGCAGAUGAAGAGGAACCUAAUCUGCCGGAGAAAAUGAAUUUAGUGCAACUGUACGAUAUGUUUAUUAGCAAGAAACGAGACAUUUUCAUAGACAAAGAAAAUCCAAAUGGACACACAGCAGCUAUUCAGGCGUUAACCUAUCAGUUCAACGAGUGUCUUGAAUUUCACCGAUCACUCGCUUUGGAAAUUGUUCUCGACGAAAGAGAGCGUGAACUUUUUUCUUUUUACGGAACCAGCAAAGAUAUGGAUAUAAUAGCGUUAAAAAUGGGAAUUGUGCAAAAGACAUACGAGGAAUUUGAUUUUGUUUAUGAUGAUUUUAGUACAUCUGACAUCAACGAAUUUAAUUUCAUUCACAGAACACUGGCGGAAUAUUUUGUCGCGGAAAGCAUAGUAAGAGAACUUCAGUGUCAAAACCAAAAUGCUGAGUUUCAAAGAUUUUUGAUCGAGGAACUAUUUUACACGCAUACAUUUAACGUUGUUCUUACAUUUUUUGACAAUUUUCUGCAAAGAAUUUUGUACUUCCUGCCGCCUACUAUUUUCCAGAAUUAUCAGUCUCUUUCGUACGAGGUUCGCUUGAUUUCGAAAUACAAUCUUGAUUUAAUUCACCAACUGGCAAAAAAAGGCUGUGUAGCGGUUCUUCACCUUCUCUUGAAAUGCACAAAUUUUACAAUUGUUAGAGAUAAAGAAACUUUCAUAAACAGCAUUUACGACGUCGAUGUUCGCAUCAACAUUGAGAGGCGCAAUACAUUAAAUUGUUUACAAUUCUUGUUGAAACAAGGUGGACUUAACAUUAAAGAUUACCUUGGUAGAACGCCAUUGCACUUCGCUGCUAACAAGGGACAUUUAAAGAUGGUGAAGUUCUUAGUGGAACAGGGGGCAAAUAUUAAUAGUAGAAGCAAUAAAUGCGACACACCAAUUAUAGAAGCUGUUCAGAACGGCCACAUUAAUGUAACAAAAUAUUUACUGGAGCAAGCCUUGGACGAACCAAUCUUAACCGUCGAAAUAGAGAGACUAAACGAUUCCGAUAUAGCAACGUUUCUUUUGGAAAACGUUUUGUGGAAUAAUGGGUUACAUGUAGAAAAUACCAUGAUUCCAUACGUAGCAGCUUGCAUGGGCUAUUUAAAUGUUUUGAAAGUUUUGAUAGAUCGGGGAAUUGACGUCAACGGUAAAUUUGAAAAUGGCGAGACCUUAGUUUUUGGCGCUGCUCGUGGGGAACGAUUAAACGUAAUCAAAUAUUUGAUACAAAAAGGGGCAAAUAUCAACAGUAAAGAUGAUCGCGGUAGAACAGUGCUGCAUUUAGUUUCAAGGAAGUCCAGGGGUGUCCCAACUGCCAAGCUGUUAAUAGAAUUAGGAAUAGAUAUUCACAUAAAAAACAUGUUCGGGCAGACAGCACUAUAUGUCUCGGCUUUUCGUGGAGUUUUGGGCAUGGUGGAAUUACUAGUGAAGAAUGGCGCGAAUAUAAACAGCAAGGAUGAGUUUGGCGAGACAGCUCUGUACGCAGCUGCUUCUUGGGGUAGCUUGGACUGCGUCAAAUUCCUCUCAGAUAAUGGCGCGGCUAUCAAUGUCAGAGAUAGAAAGGGUAACACGACGAUACAUUUAGCUGCUAAACGGAAACGACUGGAAAUUGUAAAAUUUUUCGUUGCACGUGGAGUCGAUAUUAAUAUUAGAAACAAUUUUGGACAAACGGCUCUCCACGUAGCCGCUUCUGUAGCUGAUGAGGACACAGUUCAGUUCCUAGUGGGGUUAGGUAUGGACGUAAAUACCACAGACAACACCGGCCGUACGGCCCUGCACGUGGCCGUUGAAACAUUUUUGGCUAAUGUAGAGCAUACCAUCGAUGUAGACCUUCCUACCACGUAUGAAGAAGGAUACACGCGUCGGUAUUCAGAGUUUCAGUGGGUUCUAUCAAGUUUCAGGUUUCUUAUAGAUCAAGAUGCGGAUGUUAAUAUCAAGGACAAAAACGGGCGUACAGUGCUACAUCUAGCUGCAGAGAAGGGGCAGAUAGAUACCAUCAAAUUCCUUACUGACGUAGGUGCAGAUAUUGCCGCUAAAGACAAAGAGGGUCGUACGCCACUACAUUUAGCUGCCAAGGAAGGUCGUGACGUGGUACAACUUUUAAUCGAGCAAGGUGCAAAUAUUAGAAGCAGAGAUAAAAAAGGAGACACUCCAGCUGCAUUGGCUAAGAAGGCAGGCCAUUUUCAUCUAUUACAGUAUCUGAAGUCGAAAAACACAAAGCCGAAGUGUAUACGAAUUUUAGGCGUAGGGUGUUUGGAAUAGUACGAUAGAUGUUCUACGUUUUUUUACGUCAGUAUACUCCAGUCGAAUUAGAACCUGAAAGAAUUAUUAGUAGACAUUUUAUUGCACCGGGCAAGGGU